AUGGUACCGUACCGAAUUCCAUCUCAGCUCCUCGUCGCCCUGCCUUCUCGUACAGCUGUCGCUUUCAUUCGAUCUCCACCUGUCCCCAAUCACAGGCGAACAACUGUUGGGUGGGUCGCAUCGUUUCUCAUUGGCUCGCUCCUGGGAGGGAUUUUAACCGCAAUCAUCGUUCCUGCCGUGACAUCUGCUGACGCUGCCAACGUGGCUGCUGAUGCUGUGGCGGCUGACGUGGCUGCUGACGUGGACGCUGCCAGCAACGCCACGUGGAGAGGUGACGUGGCAGGCGUUCAGGCGGAGGCAGAGGAGCUGCUGGUGCAAAACACGGAGCUGCGGCGUGCUCUGGGGAAGCUGCGGCAGACGGUGAUGCUGGAAGCAAGGACACGCAUGGCUCAGCUUAAGAGCAUCCUCAAGGUGAGCAUUCUCAAGGUGAGCAUUCUCAAGGUGAGCAUCCUCAAGGUGAGCAUCCUCAAGGUGAGCAUUCUCAAGGUGAGCAUUCUCAAGGUGAGCAUUCUCAAGGUGAGCAUCCUCAAGGUGAGCAUCCUCAAGGUAAGCAUUCUCAAGGUGAGCAUCCUCAAGGUGAGCAUUCUCAAGGUGAGCAUUCUCAAGGUGAGCAUUCUCAAGGUGAGCAUUCUCAAGGUGAGCAUUCUCAAGGAGAUCAAGUUGGUGCAGGACCAGCGUGCUUUGACCUUCUAUGUGGACGACAGGCACCUGCCAUCGCCACCACCAGAGCUGAAGGAGAUUGCUGCACUGACUGCCAGGCGGCGGCCGGAUGUGGAUGCAAAAGAGGAGGAGCUGGUGGCGAGAGCGCAGGUGCGGGUGCUGUCUCUGCGCGAGGAGAUAGAGCGAGCCGUGCACGCUGACUUGCGCCUCAGCUACUCCCGCUGCGCUGCUUCUCUGCAGCACACCCUAGAGGCCCAGCAGGCGCACACACAAGCCAUGCAAGCAUACAUGGCAGCGCACACCACACUCGCCCUCCGCCUCACGGCUCUGUCAGUGCUCAAGCAGCCAGGCAGCGCGGAGAAGCUGCGGCGACUAAGGGAGCAACCCAGCCUGCUCUCCUCGCCUGCUGCUAGAAACGCCUUCCUCUCCUCCCUUGAUGCACCAGUGCUCAAGCAGGCGGGCAGUGUAGAGAGAGUGCAGCGCCUGUGGGAGCAUCCCAGCCUGCUCUCCUUGCCUGCUGCUAGAAACGCCUUUCUCUCCUUUGAUGCACCAGUGCUCAAGCAGCCAGGCAGCGCAGAGAAACUCCAGCAAUUGGGGGAGCAGCCCAGCCUGCUCUCCUCGCCUGCUGCUAGGACCACCUUCAUCUCUUCCCUUGAUGCGCCUGGUGAGUCUGCUUGCACCUUUUUCACUGGAGCACACGGCUCUAUCAGUGCUCAAGCAUCCUCUUUUGAGUCGACUCAAAAGCGAGCACACGGCUCUAUCAGUGCUCAAGCAGCUGCGCAGUGGAGAGAAAGUGCAGCGCCUGAGAGAGCAGCCCAACCUGCUCCACCACCCACCCGCAUUGAGGUGGUUUGUGAGGCGCCUCAAAAACCACCUCAACGCAGCGGAGAGAAAGUGCAGCGCCUGAGGGAGCAGCCCAGCCUGCUCCACCACGCACCCACCCCCUCCCUUCAACCCUUCUCCCCUUCCCCUCGUAUGCCCAGCAGAAGUAUCACUGUGGGCGGAUCUCCUCUUAUCCGCGUCCCACUUCCCAUCUGUAUUCCUCUCUACCGACCUCCAUCCACCACAGAAGCAUCACUGUGGUCAGACCUUCUCUUCUCUGCAUCCCAUUUCCCCUCCAUAUUCCUCUCCACCGACCACCACCCCUCACGCAUCUCAACCAUGCAAAGCUUAGCUAACACCCAGAACGGCACGGUCCUGGCACUUAAACUGCGCACCGACCACGCUGCUGCUGCCGUGAAGGAAGCCAAGGGGAAGCUUCCUGAGCUGUGCCACGUCAGCAGCUCCUGGGUGAGCCCCGAGGGUGCUGACGUGUCUCUUUGCACUCUGGCCAGUCGAAUAUCAGAAGAAGAGGGGGAAGGAAAGAACAGAACAAGCAAGAGCAGCGGAGGGACAGAAGCAGGAGCAGGGACGGAGACUGACCCUAAGAAGGAGUCAGGCCCCCUGUCAGGGCCCUUAGCACCCUCUGCUCUGUGGCGACAACCCCUUUGGGACCUCUCCUUCCCCACCCAUCCUUCCGCGUUUCCCGCCUUCCCUCACUCCUAUGCCUUCGAUUCUCCUGCCUCCUCCCCGUUCUCCUCCUCCCCCUUCUCCUCCUUCUCCUCCUUACUUUCGUCGGCGUCUCAAUCGCCGGCUACAGCUGGCUCAUCUGUAGCAGAGCAAUCCACAACUGCUACAGAUGCUGCUACAGCUGAUGCUCAUACCCACUCCCAUUCAGCCGAAUCCCCAGGUUCAUCCAGCGCCAGCUCACUCCCCGAAUCAGCCACGUCAUCACCUGCCACGUCAGCAGCUGCAGUGAACAUCUCCUUCCUCAUCUACACAUCGCCGCCCACCACAGCCGCCCUGGAUCUCGUCUCCAAGCUGUAUGAGUGCACGCAUGGGCGGCUCAGGGCGGGCAGCAUAGGCGGGCGGCUGGGGGGACUCACAUCGGAAGCCCUUGUGUUACUAGAUGGUCCCUCCAUUCCCCUGCACCAAGCCUCUGCCAUGGUCCGCCGUGGGAAAACCGCUGGUGGGAGCGGCAGUGGGGAUAAGAGCAGCAGCAGCAACAGCAGCAGCAGCGGCGGUGGCAAUAACAGCACCGAAGGCAUACCAAGCACAGUGCCAGGGUUUGAGAAGUACUACAACCCUGCAGAUUGGAUCCAAGCCACCCGCCGAACCGCUCCAGGUUCGUUCCUCACGCACAUCCUCGCGCCAUCCCGUAUGGGCACCGCCCGAGCCUACAACCUCCUCUCCCUCCUCGCCCGCGGCUCCGUCCUCAUUCUCCUUGCGGGCGGCGAUCUGCCGCCCGACUCCUGCGACUGGGCGGCGAAUCUCGUCUCGCCUUUCUCGGCAUGGCCCCGGCUGGGAAUCGCAGGGCAUUCGAUGGGGAAGAUGGGGCUGAGGAACGUUCCAGGAAGCCUGCAGCUGGGGGAGGUGCGGAAUGCGGGGGAUCAGUUUUGGAACAGACUUAGAGAUCCGGUUACAGGGGUGAGGAUGAGCUUUGUGUUGGGGACGGUGACAGGGCCAAUGGCGGUGAGGCGAGACGUGUUUGUGAAGGUGGGGGGGUUCAGUACAAUCGACGGAGGUAUAGAUGCACUAUCGGACUGGGACCUCUGCCAGCAUGUGUGGCUCUCUGGCCAUCAGCAAGAUGCAUUCGUGGCUUCAUUCCAUGACCUGCUGUGCCUCGUCCUCCCUAUAACAGGCUCCGAUAGUAUCCCCCAAGACCCAUUCCGCCGGCAGCGCCACGACUCCAUCGGGGGAGGCAUCCCUGGCGCGGGGGGGAUGCGCCAGAUGCUCACUCCGGGCAGCGCCGCCGCAGCAGCCGCGCGGCAGCGGCGCAUGUCCGUCCAAUUCGCGUCGGGCUUCUCAAAACCCACGGGAUUGCAGCUGCCAGGGACUGUGGGGGGCCAAGGGGGACCCAUGACCCCUACCGCUGGUGGGAACCCCACUACUGCAACCAAGAAAGUGCAGAAAUCUAUGAUGAUGUCGGAAACGCAAGAAGCACAAGUCACGGUGGACCAAAGCCUGGCAGGACGUGCAGGACUUCUUUCAGCCCAUCAGCAUGCUGUGGCAGCCACGGGGCAUCCUGAACCCUCUUCCCCUGCUCUCUCUCCCUCACCCUGCUCUCUCCCCACCCAGCCGCCAAAGCGCAAAAAACGCAAGUCACGGUGGACGAAGGCUUGGCAGGACGUGCAGGACUUUUUUCAGCCCAUCAGCAUGCUGUGGCAGCCGUGGGGCAUCCUGAACCCGCACUCUAAAUUCAUGGCGCGGUGGAACAAGGUGUUCAUGGUGGCGUGCAUCCUCGGCUUCACCAUCGACCCCUGGUUCCUCUUCACCCUCCAGGCGCUCUACCAAGUGGCGCCCCAGCCGGCCAUGCUGUGUCUCACUCUGGACUGGACGGCAGCCAUCACCUUCACUGUGCUGCGCUCCUUUGUGGACCUCUGCUACGUCAUUCAGAUCGUCGUUCAGUUCCGCAUGGCUUACAUAGUGCCGCCUCCCACCAACCGCAAGAACCGCUUCUUCCGCCGCUGGUGGGCCGACCGCUCCCUGCAGAGCCCGGGCGACCUCGAGUUCGAUGCACGGGUCAUCGCCAGCCGCUACCUGCGCUCCUGGUUCCUCAUUGACGUGCUGGCAGCGCUGCCCAUCCCCCAGAUAGUGAUGCUGGUGAUAGUGCCAAUGAUGGGUCGAUCAGUCCCCUCCAACACCGGAGUCGCCAUGACAGUGCUCUGCCUCGCAGCCCUCUUCGCUCAGAACGUCCCCCGGGCCAUCCGAUUCUUCCCCAUCCUCUCGGGCAACGCGCCGCAUGUUACCGGGCUCGUGUUUGAGACGGCAUGGGCGAAUUUCCUCCUCAACUUUGUGUUCUACCUCAUGGCGUCCAACAUCGUCGGCAGCAUGUGGUACUUCCUCGCUGCCUCGCGCUUCACCACGUGUAUGGCGGGCCAGUGUGCCACUCAGGGCGACGCCUGUCAGCCCGAGUACAUGUACUGUGUCGACCAAAACGCCAUCGCCUACCAGAACACAGCAGCAGAGGCCGUGUGGGCUACCGGGCCGGCCAGCGCGUGCCUGGUGGCAGACACACCGGGCAGUGACGCCCCGCCGUCCCCCAUUGAUUAUGGCAUCUUCACCAAUGCUGUUCCGCUGGUGGUGGAAGGGGCGUUCCUCUCCAAGUACAUCUACUCCUUCUUCUGGGGCUUCCAGGUGCGUGUCAGUUUUUGUUGCAAGGUCACCUCGUUCCUCUUUAACCAUGUUCACCCCUUCUGGGCCUCACAGCAAGUGAGCACGCUAGCAGGCAACCUGGAGCCGUCGAGGUGGGAUCCCGAGCAAGUGAGCACGCUAGCAGGCAACCUGGAGCCAUCGAGGUGGGAUCCCGAGGUGCUCUUUGUCAUCCUCGUUAUAGGGCUGGGGCUCGUGCUGCUCGCACUGCUUAUUGGCAACAUCUCCAACUUUCUGCAAGCUCUCAGUAGAAGGUCCUUUGAGUACCAGUUACAGCGCCAUGACAUUGACUCAUGGAUGGAGCGACGCAACCUGCCUCUCAGUCUUCAAAAGCGAGUGCAGAAGCAGCAGCGGCUGCACUGGGUGGCGACGAGGGGGGUGGAGGAGGCGGAGGUGUUGGAUAAGCUUUCAGAUGACAUUCAGACAGACGUGCGCCGCAGCCUGUGUCUCGAGCUGCUGCAAUGCUCUGCACUCUUUUUCGCCAUGGAGCCGCAAGUUCUAGACGCCUUCUGUGAGAAGCUGAGGCAGCAGCUGUACAUAGAGGGCACGGUCAUCCUCAAGGAGGGGUACCCCGUGUCGCGCCUCUUCUUUGUGCUGCGCGGCCAGCUCGAGAGCUACACCACCAUCGGGGGGCGCGCAGGCUUUGUGGACAGCGUGCUACUGGGGAAGGGGGACUUCCUGGGGGAGGAGCUUCUGGUCGAGUACCUUGAGAAGCUGUCGGACGGCAACAAGAGCCGGCGCUCAGGCACCCAGAUUCGCUACCUGGGCCGAUCGGUGACGAUGGGUGCGAGUGCAUCAGCGUCAGCAGCAGCGCUGGGCACGUUGGCGAUCGACGUGCUGCCGACAGCGCAGCGCACGGUGCGGUGCAUCGGGCCCGUGGAGGGGUACGAGCUCGAAGCCACCGAUGUGGCUGUGGUGUGCCGGCAGUUCGCCCGCAUGCUCGCCACCAGCAAGAUCCAGGCGGCUCUCAAGCGCCUCAAAAGCCCUCUCUGCCCGUCUUCUCUUGAGGCGCCUCAAAAGCCCUCUCUGCCCGUCUUCUCUUUAAGUUCUCUGCCCGUCUGCCCGUCUUCUCUCUUCUCUUUAAGUUCUCUGCCCGUCUGCCCGUCUUCUCUCUUCUCUUUAAGUUCUCUGCCCGUCUUCUCUCUUCUCUUUAAGUUCCUGUCCGUCCCCACCCUUCCGCUCACCCGUUUCUCUUCCCGCCCUCCCCGCCCCCCCCAGUGA